AUGGGUGUGGUCGCGUCUUGGGCCUCUCGCUGCCUAGUUAGUGAGCCACCGCUCGGCCUCCACCUUCGGAAAAUGGUGUCGUGGAAGGUAAGGGUGACGGGUGAGUCCUGGUGGGGGCGGGGCGUCUUGACAGAGGAGGAGUCAAGUGGGGCGACGCGCCGGCGACACCCCACCGACCAACCUUUGACGCCGCACUCGCCCGCCCGCCCGCCGCACGCCCGCACGCGGUCCUGCGCCUUCCUCCUUCAUAGACACUGUUCCUGUCCAGGCGGCGGCGCCUCGCUGCCUGGUGGUCGUGAGGCCGCGGGUGUCCGUCGCGAAAGAGGAGCCAAGCAUCGCCCCGGAGGCCAGCCGGUGCCGGCGUGUGCACGAGAGGCGCUCAAGACAACCGCCAGCAUUGAUCCCCGGCGGGCGGCGCCUCCUUCCGGCCACACGGGCGCUGCCACACCGCCCCUGGAGGCUGUGGAGGCCGCCCGCACCACCCCGCCGCCUCGCCAGGCCGCCCACGACACUCCACCGCCCUCACUUGUGACCCGCGAGGCCACCCGCGAAACUCACUUGCCCGUGGGCGGCAGCGGCGGAGGCGGCGGCGGCGGCGGCGGCGGCGAACGCGGUUGGACUCGUUGGUGGGAGGGCGGCGGCCACAACGCCAAGCUGGAAGCCAAAUCGGAGAUCGCUAAGAUGGAGGCUGCCCGGAGGUCCGACGAGGAGGCUGGCGAGGAGGAGCGACCGCCGUCUAUCGGAGAGGUGAAGCCCCGGCCGCGGCCCCUGCUGCACUCCGGUGACGUGCCCGAGGAAUACUGCCGCUCUCCACGCUCCCCCGGGGACUCCUGCAGCAGCCCCUCCAGUUCCCCAGUGGAGUCUCCCCCGUCGUGUUCCCCCGCCAGCUCGCCCCUCACCGCCCAUGCCACGCCCAUGCUUGCCCCCGCGCCCUUCCCGCCGCCUGCACUCUCCAUGCACCACCACCACCAGUUAGGAGGAGGUCUCCUAGGGGGCCGUCUGUCACCACUAGGGGGUCGCUGCCCCUCCACAAUGUCCAACGCUGUGUGUGUGUCCUCUGCCAUCAGCUGUGUGUCCAUGGGCGGCGGCAGCAUCGGCACCGUCAGCGUGGCUAAUAACAUGGGCGUAGGCGGCCUGGGAGUGGGCGGGGCCGGCAGUAGGCGUGUGUCCCCUGGCCUCACCUGCCUGGUCUGCGGGGACACUUCAUCAGGCAAGCACUACGGCAUCCUGGCCUGCAACGGCUGCUCAGGCUUCUUCAAGAGGUCUGUCAGGCGUAAGCUUAUCUACAGAUGUCAGGCAGGCACGGGCACCUGCGUGGUAGACAAGGCUCACAGGAACCAGUGCCAAGCGUGUCGUCUCAAGAAGUGCCUGCAGAUGGGCAUGAAUAAGGACGCUGUGCAGAAUGAACGGCAGCCUCGCAAUACAGCUACCAUCCGCCCAGAGGCCUUCGCGGAUAUGGACCAGGAGAGGCUGCUGCGGGAGGCGGCCGUGGCGGUGGGCGUGUUCACGCCGCCCAUCCCCAUCCCGGGCCUCGUGUCCGCCGCCAUGGGUGGAUCGCGAGGGUUCCUGGCCCCACCGUCCGUCACCACCACGCCCUUCACCUCUACGCACCCCCACCACGCCCUGGCCUCCAUCACCUCCACCCCUGCACCACCGCCGCCGCCCAUCUCAUCCGCUAACUCGUCAUCCUCAUCCUCUUCCUCCUCCUCAUCCUCCUCGUCCGCUAACAACACCACCGUCGCCUCCAACAGCAGCACCAUCAACAACAACAACAACCCAGCCACCAUCAACCACAUGUCCACCAUGGCCAACGGGGGCGGCGCGGCGGGGCUCCUUGGUCUUAGUCGCCCCCACACCCCCUCCAAGGACGACCACGACUCCGGUCUCCGUAAUGUUGAGUCUCCGGUGGACGUGACGGGCGGUGGCAGCGACGAGGCGGCGGGGGGAGGACAUGUGGGGUCGCACCUACCGCCUGUGUCCUCCUCGUCGUCGUCGUCAGGCACAUCUUACGUGGAGACGGCGCCUCUAUGGGACCCGCUGCAAGAGUCGGUGCAAGAGACGGCCGCCAGACUGCUCUUCAUGGCCGUCAAGUGGGCCAAGAACCUUCCUUCCUUCAGCAGCUUGCCUUUCCGAGACCAGGUGGUGCUGCUAGAGGAGGUGUGGUCGGAGCUGUUUGUCCUGAACGCGGUGCAGUGGUCCCUUCCGCUACCCACCUGCCCUCUCCUUACACCUUCCGCGCACGCUCACGCCCUGGCACACGCCCACAAGGCCGCCCAAGCCGCCCACGACAUCAGGCAACUGUCGGAGGUGGCCGGCGCCUUCCGGGACUUAGCGGUGGACCCAGCUGAGUUCGCUUACCUGAAGGCCAUCGUGCUCUUCCGCCCAGUGCGUGGCUUGAAGGACGCAGCGCAGGUGGAGUCCCUACAAGAUCAGGCGCAAGUUAUGCUGAGCCAACACGUGAGGGCACACUACCCGGCCCGCCCCGCCCGCUUCGGCCGCCUGCUACUGCUACUGGCCUCCCUGCGCGCCCCGCCGCCUCCUCGCGUGCAGGCCCUCUUUUUCACAGCCACCAUCGGCAACACGCCCAUGGAGAAGAUACUUUGCGACAUGUACAAGAGCUGAGCG